AUGGCUCUAGAACAUGAUACUCCUGCUGAACUCCAGCCGAUUUUUACCUACCUAAAUAGCCACACAAACAAACUGUACUAUGAAGGAUAUUUCUUGAAGUUGAAUGACUUGGACAAUAAUGGUCGACCCGCGAUUGAUCGACAAUGGAUGGAAUGUUAUGCUCAACUUAUCGGAACGGUGCUUUCGCUAUGGGAUGCCGCUGCGCUGGACGCAGCAGGUGAUGGCUUUGAGGUUCCUCCAACAUUUAUCAACCUUACGGAUGCCUCGAUUCAAAUGAUCGAAACGCUUCCAACACAAAACCAAACAGGUGCACAGUCUCUGCAGAACGUCCUGAGCAUUUCUUCAGCCGGCCAAAACCGAUAUCUCCUACAUUUUGAGUCACUCGACUCUUUAACGCAGUGGACGGCCGCCAUUCGCUUAGCUAUGUUCGAGCAUACCUCGCUAUAUGAGGCGUAUACCGGCUCAAUUAUUGCGGGAAAAGGCAAGACGCUGAACGGCAUCGGGGCAAUUCUUGAACGUAAUAGAUUUAAACACCAAGACUGGGCCCGAGUGCGAUUCGGAGCAGGAACUCCAUGGAGACGGUGCUGGUUCGUGAUAACCCCUCCGGAUGAAAAGGAGCUCCAAAAAACGAAGAAGUCCAUGAAGAAGAAGUCCGCCUAUGAUCGUGCACCAAAACUCGUCAUCGGAGACAUCAAGUUCUACGAAACGAAGAAGACCAAGAAAGUCAAGCCCAUUGCCACCAUUACCGAUGCAUACUCUGCUUAUGCCAUCUAUCCCCAAUCGAAAGCACUGAUAGACCAAUCGACAUUGGUAAAAAUCGAAGGAAACUUCAUUAUGCACGCGCAAUCGGAAGCUAAGACGGAGGGAUUUGUCUUCGUUAUGCCUGAGGCUCACCCGGCUGUUAGCGGAUUCGAGAUCAUGCUUCGAUUUUUGGUGCCGACUUUCGACACCUUCAAUCUUUACGGACGCCCCACCCGCCUCAUCGCUGCUGUGAAUCACAUCAAAAGUAUCAUGUUCGCCUUUCCUGAUCAAGACCGUUAUGACUACCUGGAGAUUAUGGACAUUGCCAAUGAAAUCCAAAGUCCCGGAUCUCAGAAUUGGAGCGAGGCGGAAUGGAGAAAGAAGCUUAAAGAGGCUACGGCAAACCGAAUGGCAAAUGCCGGCAGUAGAACAAGCAGUAUGUCGGCUAGCAAGGCUCGAUUUCGAGCUAGUAUGCCAAGCCGUUACAGCAACGUGCGUGUUGAUUCCAUCAAGCGCAAAGAACCAUUCCCAGAAUACCUACCUUCUUUCAACCAGUCUGUGGACGCCAUAGUCCGGCAGGUGCCCGAGGACGAAGCAUUUGCGCAGGCACAUCAUCAUGCCAGGAGCGCUUCUGACACGGCCGGAUUUGCGCCUAGAAGCCUCCUCAGCUCCGCGAUCGAAAGCACUCCGUCAUCUUCAGCUCACGAUCUAACCCGAAACCCGAAAGAAAGCCCUAGCAUGCUGAGUUCCAAUGACCGUACCAGCUCGGAAGAAGGUUGGAAACAAAAUUCCGAUCCCGAAACCGAGAUCAGGCCCGAGGAAGUAGCAGUUGGACAACUCUCGGUGUCUGCUUUGCCUCCAUCCUCGGUAGCGCCGCCUCCUGCUUUCACUCAUAAUGCUAGAGAGAUGCCUUCUACUCGGCCAGAGCCCUCGCCAGAUAUGCGGAAGGCUACUAACCGCAUGUCCAAUGCUACCCUCGCACAACUUGCUGCAGCUUCCGGCAAGAUGAACCUGAUUGCUGAAUCUGCUGGCCACAGUGAUACGCAGCUCUCGGCCCUGGAAGAGCUACCGCACAUGGCUUCUCAUGGUCCCGACCUGUCCGACAUGCGCCCUAGCUCGAGAGACCAGACGGCGAUAGCUCAGGAACAAAGUCUUAAUGGGCCGGAACAUAACUCUGCCCCGCUUGCUUCGCCCUCUCCUCGGGCGAAUCGACUUAGUACACAAAGCCUUCUCAUCGAUACUACCAAAGCGGUCAAGCGCAAGCCGGUCUCGCAGCCUCCUGUAGCGGAACCCAGCUAUGACGAUUUACGCCAUACCGUUGAUGAAGAUGCCUUCAACAUGGUUGGUAUUGUUCACCCUUCCUUUCUCUCGCCCAUCAAAGCAACGCAUCAGGAGGAGGAGAGUGUCUAUGAUGACGAUUCUACCACUUCUCCCGACUACGCCAGCACUGGUGGUUCCAUCUACAGCAAGAACUCGGUCAAAUCAAUUCCUAAGCCUAGGAUGGGGGUCAUGAAAACUGUGGGUGCUCUGGACCAGAAAGACGUAGUCAUCGGCGAUGCACAUUACUCGCUUCAAAAGGAGUCGCAGCAGAACUCGGACAUUCCAACUGUGGAUUUCGGACCGACGUUGACAUACCUGCCUACUACAGGACGUCCCAGUACAUCGGACACGUUGAAGAAGUUUGAUCACCAAAGAACCAAGUCGGAUGCAACGGAAAAGCAGCAGUUCGCCGACCCUACGAGUCAGAUGGACCGCACCCACUCCAGAUCACCAAGUGGGAAUGAGUACCGCCGAAGUGUGUUGUGGCAGCCAGGUAUGGCUGCUCCGCGCCCAGUUACCCCCGGUAGUCUCACGCCAGAGCAAUUCGUGCAGCAACGCGCAGCCCACAGCCCCCAAGUUCAUAUUCAUCAUCGGUCUCCUUCCGGAGCUACGGCAACAACGCCUCCGCCUGCUCGACCUUUGUCCGCGGACUGGAUGGCGCAUACAAGGUCGCAGUCACAAACGAGCAUGAAUCGGGAUAUCCAUCCUCGGCCCCGGUCUCGGGGUGCUAGCAGCAUGAUUAACGAUAUCUCCAGUCACCUCUCUGCUCGGGAACAGGAGCAUGUGGCUCGCAUGACCGGCUCCUCGUUUUUCAAUUUGUCCAGCGAGAACAAGAAGACCCCAGCCCCGGUGAACCCUAUGGGUUUGGUUGGGGCAAUUGACGCUCGAGAGCAGGAGAAGCAAAUGAUCAAAGAGGGCAUGUCAAAUCAAAUGGUACAGCACGCGAUUGCUCAGCGUCAGCAUCACUGGCAACAACAGCAGCUUACCCCUCAAAUCCACUCAUACGGCGUCCAAGCUGGACAGGGUAGUAUUUACAAUAUGCCCACAGCGAGUCGUACGUGGGAUGCUCUCAACCAAUCAUACCGACCCGAAGAACCUCGACGUCCGUCCUGGUAUAGUCAGUACCCGGUGCAACCGCUGCCAAUGACCCCAGGAUACCAGCCAAAUCAACCCAACCAGCAGCAGCAUCCUGGUUACUUCGGUAAUGCUAGUAUGCAUUACUAA